GUUUGUGCGACAUUUCCGGUUGAACAGUUGGCCAGCCUGUCCUAAGUGUACUGAGCAGAGUUGCGCAGCCAUCUUUUCUUGUCGAUUUGGCUUGGCGCCUUUCCUGUAUUGGUUGUUCAGUAGUGGUGAUAGUGUGUUACACGUUUCAAAAUGGCUGGUGGUAAAGCGGGUAAAGAUUCGGGCAAAGCCAAGGCGAAAGCGGUAUCCAGGUCAGCUCGGGCGGGAUUGCAGUUCCCAGUAGGAAGAAUCCACAGGCAUCUAAAAAAUAGGACGACAAGCCAUGGACGUGUUGGGGCUACAGCGGCUGUGUAUUCCGCAGCUAUUCUCGAAUAUCUUACCGCCGAGGUUUUGGAGUUGGCGGGAAAUGCAUCCAAAGAUCUCAAAGUAAAACGCAUCACACCAAGGCAUCUUCAGCUGGCCAUCAGAGGAGAUGAGGAGCUUGACAGCCUGAUCAAAGCCACCAUUGCCGGAGGUGGUGUCAUCCCACACAUUCACAAAUCGCUCAUUGGUAAAAAAGGUGGACCAGGAGCACCAGUUUAAUUAAGGUUAACUACAGGCUACAACAUUCUCACUGCAUUUGACACCGGACACAAUAUCAACAUUGUAACAUAAAUCGGCCAAUUGGUAAACAUAGUUUUCUAUAAAGGUAGUGAUGUGGACUCUUUGACAGUGGAGUGACUUCUCAAAACUGGUGAUCCGGACUAAGUAACACUAGCUAUAAGAAUUAGACAUAUUUUUAGAAUUAAGGAGAUUUAAAUAUGAUUAGAAUUAAGAUUUAAUUUUUUGGUUCAUAAUGAGACAUAGACAUCUUUAUUUCGCUAGACAUUGUGUUCAUUUUAAUUCAGCCAUUCUAAAAUUAUUGCGCUGACAGAUUGUUUUUUUGUAAGAGGCCCAAAACCUCAGAAGCUGCAGUGUUUUAAUUUUACCUUUUGGACUGUAAUUGCAAUUGUUUUAGCUCUAAGCUGUCAUAGUAUAAUUUGCAACGUUUUGUAUUUUUUUAAGUGACAUUUUACCUAAAUUGUAAUUUGGUAUGAUUGAACUGUUACAAGUUGUAAGAAAUGUAUUUUGAUCUUUGAAAUAUAUUGAGAAAAACUUAUGUUUGUUUAUUCUAAAA